UCUGUCAGAAAGCAGCCUUUUUUUCUAGACUUUUCUUUUCCCCGAAUGUUAAUUAACAUAGUGCAAAGGACUAAACACAGACACACACAGCACACUGACUUACUCAGACUUUCACAUUGAGUGCUUUCCAGAAUCUAUUGUAUUUAAAAAUGGAGGAAACAUAUCUAUUCAACCAUCCUGGAGUGAAAAAGGUUAUUCUACAUGGUGGCCGGGGUCCUCUGCCUCACUUUCCAAAGGGUACCAAGUUGGUGUUUCAUUUCCAGACACUACAGGACAAUUUUGAGAGGACCGUGAUCGAUGACAGUCGCAAACACAAGCAGCCUACAGAGAUUUUUGUGGGAAAAAUGUUUAAGAUGGAGGUGUGGGAGGUGCUGUUAACCUCCAUGAGGGUUGGUGAGGUGGCAGAGUUCUGGUGUGAUGCUAUUCAUACAGGUCUCUAUCCCCUGGUUGCUAGAGGGAUUCGUUUGGCUGCACAGGGCAAAGACCCACUUGAAGGACAGAAGCACAUGUGUGGAAUGGGCAAUGUGUUCACGUACCAUUCCACAGGCUUUCCUGAGCUUGAUGAGCUGAUGAGGGUGCCACAGCCUCUAAUCUUCAUCAUGGAGCUAAUCUCGGUAGGUGAGCCAUUUUCCUACAUACGUGAGUCUUGGCUCAUGGAGAAGGAUGAGAAGAUGCAGCUUGUGCCCACCCUUCACUGCCAAGGCAACACUCUUGUCCAGGAAAAAAGUUACCGUGAAGCAUCAGAGAAAUACAAGGAGGCUGUGCUGCUGUUACGUACCAUCCAGUCACGGGAGAUGCCAGGAGAUGAGGACUAUAUUAGGCUGAGCAAGCUUAUUAUCCCUCUUGUCCUCAACUAUUGCCAGUGCAUGCUAGAACUUGAAGAAUACUAUGAAGUAAUAGAACACACGACAGAACUAAUUGAGAAGCAUAAAGAUUGUGUAAAAGCUUACUACAAGAGAGCCAAAGCUUAUGCUGCUGUCUGGAGUGAGAAGGAGUCUAAACGGGACUUCCUAAUGGUGGCCAACUUGGAUGAGACUCUGGCGAGGCUGGUUCAAAGAGAACUAAAGAUCCUCUCAGAAAAAAUGAAGGAGAAAUACUGGGAGGACAAAGAAAAAUACUGGAACAUAUUUGAGAAGAAAAACAAAAUUGGGAAUGAGAACAAGACUGAGGAGAAAAAAGAGGAAAGAUUUGCAGCAAAACACGAUGAAAAUAUUCAUCUAAAACAAAGGUUUCAAACAAAUGUCAAAGAAGAAGAGUGUAAUAGUACAGAGGCAAACACACAAAACAGGCAAAUGAAAGAGGCAAAACCAGAAUUUGAUCAGCAAAUUGCUGCUCCAACUAAGGGAAUGGAUCGGCAGCAGUUGUUAAGACUGAUUAUGUUGUUCCAGGACGAAGGGAGUUUCUAUAUAAAAGAGCAACGCUUCCCAGAGGCUGUGGUUAAAUUUGAAAAGGCCCUGGAGUAUGUAGACUACCUUCAAACCAAGGAGAUAGACUGUAAAGGAGAGGACUGGGAGUCCCUGGAGAAAGUGCGCCUGCCCCUUACCCUCAACCUGAGUCAGUGCAUGUUUGAGCUUGGGGAGUAUCAAGAGGUGGUCAAACUCAACAGCAAAUUACUAAAAAAUCAUCAAGACAACCUAAAAGCUAUUUAUCAGCGGGCUUGUGCCUAUUCAGCCCUGUACAACGAGGACAGAGCUCGACAGGAUUUCAUCAGAGCAGAGAGCCUUGACCCCAAGCUCAAACCCAUCGUCAAGCAGGAACUAAAGAAGCUAGGUGAGAAUCUCCGGGCCAAGCAUGUAAGCGAGAACAAGAACUACUGGGCCAGCAGACAAGCAAAGUGGAAACAGAAACCCCAGGCCCAAAGAUGCAACAUAAAGGAGUUGAAAUUGGCUGACAAGAGAAACUCCACCAAAGAGAGCUAUAAUGAUGCACAAGAAAUGAAGAUUGGCAUUUCUAGUAAUGGAACAGGGAACUCACUCAGCCAGGCAGGCAAUGAGGAAGGGCAGAAUAUAAAGACAAACACCUUGAAUAAGGAGCAUAUAAGCUCUGUUCCUCUACAAGAGGGGAAUGUAGAGCCUGUAGAUAAAGAAGGAUAUUCAGUCACAGCAAAGGUGUGGAAAGAAAAUACAGACGAAUCAACAAGGAUAAAUAUGUCAUGAAUACACAUAGAAAGAAUACUGGAAAACUCUGUUCUAUAUAUGCAAACUUCUGCAAAACCUUAAAAAAUUUUAAACAAACCUAAAAAAAAUUUAACACAUACCUAAUCAUCCAAUUGCAUAUGCUCAAUCAGUAAUAAAACCCAAAAGGCAUGGUGUAUAAGAAAUACAAAUUUAUUUCUCUGUAUACAAUGAGUAGAAAGCAGCCAGUAAUCCAUUUACUUUUUAAAAGCUUUUUUCACAAACAGUAUUGUAUAAAUUAAUUCCAUGGGAAAUGGAUAGUGAAUAUAUUAUGUCAUAAUUAAUAAAUUACAGUGAAUAUGAAGUGAAAACACAAACGUAGCCUUAUGACAGAGGAAUGAGGUCUGACAGAGGAAUGUUUAGAGUUAUCAAGUUAUUAACAUAUCUGCAUGAGACUUCAUUAAUGCCACAGGUUCAUGAAUGAAUCAUAUUUUCUGCAUUUAUAAAGUAAAAUAAAACCAACUUGUUUUGCAGACCACAUGUCUGCUUUUUCUCAACAAAAAGCUAACGGAAAAUCAUUAGCAAUUGUAUGUAGUACCACUGAAACCACACCAUUCACCCACACUACUGAGUCCAGAGUUUUCAUAUAGCAAUUUAAAUUAGUAUCCUUAAAAGAAAUUUAACCAAAGUAAUUAUACCUAAUAUGUUAGACAAAAAAAUAUAUUAAAAUAAAAUAAAAAAAAGAUCUAUGGUAGAUGCAAGAAUGCAUAGCCAUAUUAUGAUGUGAAGGAUUUGCUACUAUGCCAGUUCUGACAAUUUCACCAUCUGUGAGUGCAUGGUGUUCCCUGUACCAGUAUGCUUCAGGAUGUGAAAUGAUUUAUGGAUUUAAUUAAAACGUGUGCUAAAAUGCAUAUGCUUUUACUGUUUAAAUAAAGAAUAAGAAUUUGUGUUGGUUUUGCCUCUUUGUAAUAUUUUAAUUUCUUCUUAAUGCAACAAGGGUAGCCCAGCUGGAUGAAGCAGAUGUUGAUUCAGAUGUUGAAUCUAAAACUAUUCCAAAUUCUCCACAUAAAGUAGUAUGCAUUUUUAUUUUAUUUUUUUUAUGAAAAACAAAUCUGCCUUACCAGAGAGACAUUUUUAAUGCCAGGUCUUAUUGGAUAGUUUGUUUCUGAAGAGGCUUGGGCAAGGUGGAAGAGCAUUUAUAGAUAUCUAUAGUACAUGCUCUGUAAACCAGGCUUUAGAGGGAUUUCUUUCCAAGGAAAGGUAAAGAAAUAGGCACCAUGUCUUUUCACAUGAGUAUAAUGACUUCCUUCACGCAGAUCAUCCUCUCUCUGUUAUUCUGUCUGUCUCUCAGCAGUAAACUCUACAGGAAUGCAGCAAAAAAAAUCUACAGACAAUCUGUUCCUUCCAACUGGCAUCUAUUUCUUUUUCUCUGCCUCCUUUUUAUAGUAUUCCACCAUGGCAAUCUUUCAGUAGCUUUUUAUCUCACAGAAAUCGGACACCCCAAAUAAACAAUUCAACAAGAAAACAUCUUACAAGGAAAAAGAUCUCCCCAUAUCUGAUGCUUACUGUAAAGUCAUUCUGCAUCACUCAUUGCAAGGGUUAUAUUCACACAAAAAAAAAUAAGUGAAUUUUAUAUUUGUUAUGUAUUCCACAAAUUAUCCACAAAACUGCAGAGGUGAACUAAAGUCUCAAGAUAAGCAUAACAACAAGGUUGGUCCUUUUCCUGUUCAAAUAAGUUAUACUGUGUUACAAUAUGUAUUUGCAGUUAGCCGACAAUUUUUAAAAAUAUAUUUUUUAUUGUGAUUAUAUCAAACCUCAUUGGGGUUUCUAGGGCAUACAUGCAACUGUAUUAUUUGUGGAAACUCUGAUGUUAUUUAAUCCUAUUGUAAAGCCUUCCUUAAAAAUCUUUCUUCCCAAAAUUUUGUGGCCAAAAUCUUAGUAUUUCCUCCUGAUGAUAGGAAGUUUGCAUAUUGUGGUACAGUCUCUAUAUUUCUGUUUUUAAAGUCUUCUUUCUACAUGACAGCAUCAAGGGCAUUUUUACCUUGUAUGACCACACUGUCAGAUUCAGGAUCUUGCAGCUGCUUGUCACAGAUGGAAUUUAUUGGCUGUAUACACACCUAAUCCAGGAAGCAGUAAGCUUUUUGCCAGUUCACUGUUGUGGCCUCACAUGAUUAAAAGACAAAAAAGGAAUCCAUCUUUAAAGUUAUAUUUUAGUUCUAAGAAAAAAUAUGCUGAAAAAAUGCCACCAUUGCACAAAUCUAUCUAGUAAUAUGACUGCAAUCAGCCAAAUAUAAGAUUACUUCUAAAUUUGGUAGGUUUAUAAUCUUUAACUGUCUUAUUAUUUUCUGCUGCCUUUAAUAAAUAAUGCAAAAUAAUCACUAAUCAAACAAUACUACUCAUAAGAUAUCUUUUAUUUAAAUUUUAUAAUGGGAAAUAUUUGAUAUUUUAAAAUAUCUUUUGACAUAUUUCAGCUUAUUAAGAUUAUUCGUAUUAAAUCUCUUUCCACUUAUUUCUUUAUUCCAGAGUGCAAGAACUGGCUAAGCGACAGCCAGUGCAUUUCUGUGUGUAACAGUUAGGCCUGAUGUUCUUCAUCUUUACACAGCUUGGCAAAAAUAACUUUUGUUGGUAGGGCAACUAUUAUUGAAGUUCAUGAUGUUGACUGCAAGGAUGAUAAGGUAGAUGGAUUCAAAAUAUUUGCAAAUCAUUGUGAAAAUGUCUGGACCAGAUUUUUAGUGUUCAAAUUGGUUAAAAAGGAUGUAUUGCAUAUUAACAAAGUAAACAGACUUGCUGCUUUGAUACAGUGUCCAUUGUUAAAAGUGCUACAAACAUAAAAAAAAAUUCACUUAAAUAGUCAAGGACACUUUCCUAAGAUUCACAUGUAUCUGCUUUUGGCAAUUUCCAGCCAUUUAGUAUAAUUUAUUUGACAGGAUUAUUUAAAAGUGGGACUCUCUUUAUCUGCCAUCUUAGCGCCACAUAGCUAUUCAGCAGUCUUCGUCUAAGGUCCUCUCUGGUGCCACAUGCCUUUUUAUAUACUAUACCUUUAUUUGUGUAUGACAGCUGUCUUUUACUUGAAAACUGCUCUCUACAAUUGUCUCUGUGAUUGUUUGCUAAAAAUUGGUAAAUGUAAUACUGUAUGAGUAUUACUCUGUGUGUGUGUGUGUAUGAGAGAGAGAGAGAGAGAGAGAGAGAGAGAGAGAGAGAGAGAGAGAGCGAAAGAGAGAGUGAGAAAUAAGAGUAAGAAGGGCUCAGCUGGCUUUGUCAGAGCACAGGUGCUGUGCUCCCAGAUGCUUCCAGAUUCCAUAUUAAAUAAAUGAUUCUACUGAAAGUUUUUGCUGAUGAUGUAUUAACCUUAUAUUUGAGAAAAGUCCAUAGCUCCCACUUGCUCCAGAGAUCAGAGGCUAUACAAGACCAGGACAGCUUGCAUAUGUGUAUCACAAUAAGUUUGAGCAUGAACAAGAAAUAAACAGAAAAAUAUUAACAAAA